AUGUAUCAUCCUAAUCAGCAGUACGUCAAUGGAUACUCAUAUCCACAGUUUUUCGGUAUUCCCACCGAAACUGUGCCAAAUGUGCAACAGAACAGAGCAACAGCUUCGUCUUCAAGUUCAGACGAUUCGUCGGACGCGCCAGCAGCGCAGGCGAAGCGUGAGAAAGCUGUUAAAAAGAAAGCGAGUGGUGACGGUGAAGGGAAGAAAAAAUUGGAUACGUCGGGGUUUUCGAUAGAGGAGCGCAUCGUGGCCGCGGCUUGGGUGCACGAGCGCUACCACACGCGCACCUCCAUGGGACAGAUAAAGCAGCAGUUUGAGCUGCGUUUUGGGCGGCCGGCGCCGGCCAAGAACACCCUGGUAGUGUGGGAGCGCAAACUGUUUGCUUCUGGCUCCAUCCAUGAUGCGCCGCGCGCCGGCCGUCCAGCCAAAAGGAAGCUGGAGGCGAGCGAGGUGUCGGAGUCCCUGGCGGCGUCCCCCGCGCUGUCCGUGCGCGCGCGCGCCGCCGAGCUCAACGUGCCGCGCUCCACGCUGCGCGCGCUCAUGCGCCAUCUACCGGCCGAGCCUGACAAGCCGGCAAAGCCGAGAGCGGCCAGGAAGCGCCCCUCCAAGCCUGCGAUCCCCGUGCAGCCGCUUUUCUAGCCACCGCCUCGAGCAGGAGCUUGACACUCAUAGCAAGCUGUGCGUGUUAUUUUAUUGAGAAUAGUACGCGCAACUCUGCUUAGAGGGCGCCACUAGCACAAACAGUAAACAUACCACCUUAAUAAUUUGAAAAUUAAUAAGUAAAAUAAACAUAUGAGGCGGGAAUCAAAGCAGCAUACCAGCUUGAAAAAUUAGCAAAAUGUUUUCAAUUGAAGGUAAUUUCAAAUGUCUAUUACGCUAUUAAACUUAAUCAUGCAGAAACGGCUGCGAGCGAUUUUAUAUUUUUUUAUUAAAGGAUAAAUUCACACCUCCGGCAGGACUCGAACCUGAGACCUUCUGUAUUAUUUGUAAGUUACUGUAUGUUUUACUAUUUGUACUAGCCCUGCACACUGGCGGCAGUGUUGAGCGGCACGGCAGUAUAAUACUCCCUAGAAAAGGGCUCCAGAGCACAGUUUGCAUGCACAUGGUUUGUAAUCGGCGGGCUGAGAAACAUGGAAGGUGAAGGUUGAACAUAUUACUUAGGCCCACUUGCACCGACCACUUAACUCAGGGUUAGUGGGCUCAGUGGGCUGUCAACUGUCAAAUUCCAUAUAGAAUGGUGGGUUAACCCUCCAUCUUCGUUGGUGCAAGUGGCACUUAUAAGGAUACAUAUUUAGUUAUAAUUAGUUAUACUUGUUGGUAAGGAUUUAGAACUUUAGAUUCUCAAGGUGCCUAGCCAUCAUUCCAAUUAUUUACACUC